AUGUUUUGUUUGUUUGUUUCUUUCUUUCUUUCUUUCUUUCUUUCUUUCUUUCUUUCUUUUCAUUUCAUAACAUUUUCAUAUAUACAUUGGAUUUCCUUUUCUCUUUCUAUAUUUCAGCUUCCUUCUCACCGGUCUUUUCUUUCUUUCUUUCUUUCUUUCUAUCUUUCUUUUCAUAAUACUUUCAAAUAUACAUUGGAUUUCCUUUUCUCUUUCUAUAUUUCAGCUUCCUCCUCACUGAUGUUUUCUUUCUUUCUUUCUUUCUUUCUUUCUUUCUUUCUUUCUUUCUUUAGGCCAUUGUUCUUCCAUUGGUACUUUCUUUCUGUAUUUAUUCCUUUAGUUCAUUCAUUCAUUCUUUCUUUCUUGUGCUUUUUUUUAAUUUAUUUAUAUAUUUAUUUACAUUUUAUUAUCUCUUUCAUUUUAUUUCUUUAUUUUUUUUCCUUUAAUUUAUUACUUCUUUGUCUUUAUACCUGGCAUGUUAUGCUUGCCUUCCUUCCUUCCUUUCGUCUUUCCAUCCUUCCUUUGGUUCUUGAAUCCCUUUUUUGCUUUCUUUCUGUCUUUAUUUAUUUAUCCAUUCAUUCAUUUCGUUCGUUCAUUCAAUCCUUCCUUCCUUCCUUCCUUCCUUCCUUCCUUCCUUCCUUGUUUUUUUAUAUAUUUCAUUUUUCUUCUUUCUUGCUUUCUUUGUUACAUCGUUCAUUCGUUCGUUCAUUUUUUGUAUUUUUUAAAUUAUUACUUCAUUUUGUUCAUUUAUUCAUUCGUUCUUUUUGUCCUUCUUGGCUUUAUUUUCAUUUAUUUAUUCACGUUUUAUUUCCUCUUUCCUUUUUAUUUCUUCAUAUUUCAUCCUUUGAUUUAUUAUUCUUUCUUUCUUUUCUAGUUCUUUCUUUCUUUUCUAGUUCUUUCUAUUUCUUUCUUUCUUUUCUAUAUCUUUCUUUCAUUCUUUCUUUUCUAUUUCUUUUGUUCUUUCUUUCUUUCUUUUCUAUUCUAUUCUUUCUAUUUCUUUCUUUUCUAUUUCUUUUCUUUCUAUUUCUUUCUUUCUUUCUUUCUGUUAUAUUUCUUUCUUUCUUUCUUUUCUAUUUCUUUUUCUAUUUCUUUCUUUCUUUCUUUCUUUCUGUUCUAUUUCUUUCUUUCUUUCUUUUCUAUUUCUUUCUUUCUAUUUCUUUCUUUCUUUCUUUCUUUCUUUCUUUUCUAUUUCUUUCUUUCUUUCUUUCUUUCUGUUCUAUCUAUCUCUCUUUUUCUUUCUUUUCUAUUUCUUUCUUUCUAUUUCUUUCUUUCUUUCUUUCUUUCUUUCUGUUCUAUUUCUUUCUUUCUUUCUUUCUUUCUUUUCUAGUUCUUCCUAUAUCUUUCUUUCUUUUCUAUUACUUUCUUUCUAUUUCUUUCUUUCUUUCUUUCUUUCUUUCUUUCUUCCUAUAUAUUUCUUUUCUAUUUCUUUCUUUCUAUUUCUUUCUUUCUUUCUUUCUGUUCUAUUUCUUUCUUUCUUUCUUUCUUUCUUUCUUUCUUUCUUUUCUAGUCCUUCCUAUAUCUUUCUUUCUUUUCUAUUUCUUUCUAUUUCUUUCUUUCUUUCUUUCUUUCUGUUCUAUUUCUUUCUUUCUUUCUUUUCUAUUUCUUUCUUUCUAUUUCUUUCUUUCUUUCUUUCUGUUCUAUUCCUUUCUUUCUUUCUUUCUUUCUUUCUUUUCUAGUUCUUCCUAUAUCUUUCUUUCUUUUCUAUUUCUUUCUUUCUAUUUCUUUCUUUCUUUCUUUCUUUCUUUUCUUUCUUUCUUUCUGUUCUAUUUCUUUCUUUCUAUUUCUUUCUUUCUUUCUUUCUGUUCUAUUUCUUUCUUUCUUUCUUUUCUAUUUCUUUCUUUCUAUUUCUUUCUUUCUUUCUUUCUGUUCUAUUUCUUUCUUUCUUUCUUUUCUAUUUCUUUCUUUCUAUUUCUUUCUUUCUUUCUUUCUUUCUUUUCUAUUUCUUUCUUUCUUUCUUUCUUUCUUUCUGUUCUAUUUCUUUCUUUCUUUCUUUUCUAUUUCUUUCUUUCUAUUUCUUUCUUUCUUUCUUUCUUUCUUUCUUUCUGUUCUAUUUCUUUCUUUCUUUCUUUCUUUUUUAGUUCUUCCUAUAUAUUUCUUUCUUUUCUAUUUCUUUAUUUCUAUUUCUUUCUUUCUUUCUUUCUGUUCAAUUUCUUUCUUUCUUUCUUUCUUUCUUUCUUUCUUUCUUUUCUAGUUCUUCCUAUAUCUUUCUUUCUUUUCUAUUUCUUUCUUUCUAUUUCUUUCUUUCUUUCUUUCUGUUCUAUUUCUUUCUUUCUUUCUUUCUUUCUUUCUUUUCUAGUUCUUCCUAUAUCUUUCUUUCUUUUCUGUUUCUUUCUUUCUAUUUCUUUCUUUCUGUUCUAUUUCUUUCAUUCGUUCUUUUCUAGUUCUUUCUUUCUAUUUCUUUCUUUCUUUCUUUCAUUCUUUCUUUCUUUCUGUUCUAUUGCUUUCUUUCUUUCUUUCUUUUCUAGUUCUUCCUAUAUCUUUCUUUCUUUUCUAUUUCUUUCUUUCUAUUUCUUUCUUUCUUUCUUUUUGUUCAAUUUCUUUCUUUCUUUCUUUCUUUCUUUCUUUCUUUCUUUUCUAGUUCUUCCUAUAUCUUUCUUUCUUUUCUAUUUCUUUCUUUCUAUUUCUUUCUUUCUUUCUUUCUUUCUUUCUUUCUUUCUUUCUUUCUGUUCUAUUUCUUUCUUUCUUUCUUUCUUUUAUAGUUCUUCCUAUAUCUUUCUUUCUUUUCUAUUUCUUUCUUUCUGUUUUUUCUUAAUUUCUUUCUUUCUGUUCUAUUUCUUUCUUUCUUUCUUUUCUAGUUCUUCCUAUAUCUUUCUUUCUUUUUUUCUUUCUUUUUUUUUCUUUUUCUUUCUUUCUUUCUUUCUGUUCUAUUUCUUUCUUUCUUUCUUUCUUUCUUUUCUAGUUCUUCCUAUAUCUUUCUUUCUUUUCUAUUUGUUUCCUUUCUAUUUCUUUCUUUCUUUCUUUCUUUCUGUUCUAUUUCUUUCUUUCUUUCUUUCUUUCUUUCUUUCUUUCUUUCUUUUCUAUUCUUCCUAUAUCUUUCUUUCUUUUUUAUUUCUUUUCUUUCUAUUUCUUUCUUUCUUUCUUUCUCUUUCUUUCUUUCUAUUUCUUUCUUUUCUUUCUUUCUUUCUUUUCUUUUCUAGUUCUUUCUAUUUCUUUCUUUUCUUUUUUUUCUUUUUUCUUUCUAUUUUCUUACUUUUUUUCUUUCUAUUUCUUUCUUUCUUUCUUUUUCUUUCUUUCUUUUCUAGUUCUUCCUAUAUCUUUCUUUCUUUUCUAUUUCUUUCUUUCUAUUUCUUUCUUUCUUUCUUUCUUUCUGUUCUAUUUCUUUCUUUCUUUCUUUCUUUUCUAUUCUUCCUAUAUCUUUCUUUUCUUUUCUAUUUCUUUCUUUCUUUUUCUUUCUUUCUUUCUUUCUUUUUCUUUCUAUUUCUUUCUUUCUUUCUUUCUUUUCUAGUUCUUCUUUCUUUUUCUUUUUUUUUCUUUCUUUCUUUUUCUUUCUUUCUUUCUUUCUUUCUUUCUUUCUUUCUGUUCUAUUUCUUUCUUUCUUUCUUUUCUAGUUCUUCCUAUAUCUUUCUUUCUUUUCUAUUUCUUUCUUUCUGUUUUUUCUUACUUUCUUUCUUUCUGUUCUAUUUCUUUCUUUCUUUCUUUCUUUCUUUUCUAGUUCUUCCUAUAUCUUUCUUUCUUUUCUAUUUCUUUCUUUCUUUCUGUUCUAUUUCUUUCUUUCUUUCUUUCUUUUCUAGUUCUUCCUAUAUCUUUCUUUCUUUUCUAUUUCUUUCUUUCUAUUUCUUUCUUUCUUUCUUUCUUUCUUUCUGUUCUAUUUCUUUCUGUUCUAUUUCUUUCUUUCUUUCUUUUCUAGUUCUUCCUAUAUCUUUCUUUCUUUUCUAUUUCUUUCUUUCUAUUUCUUUCUUUCAUUCUGUUCUAUUUCUUUCUUUCUUUCUUUCUUUCUUUUCUAGUUCCUCCUAUAUCUUUCUUUCUUUCUUUCUUUCUUUCUUUCUGUUCUAUUUCUUUCUUUCUUUCUUUCUUUCUUUUCUAUUCUUCCUAUAUCUUUCUUUCUUUUCUAUUUCUUUCUUUCUAUUUCUUUCUUUCUUUUCUAUUUCUUUUUUUAUUUCUUUCUUUUCUUUUCUUUCUUUUCUAGUUCUUCCUAUAUCUUUCUUUCUUUUCUAUUUCUUUCUUUCUUUCUUUCUUUCUUUUCUUUCUUUCUUUUUCUGUUCUAUUUCUUUCUUUCUUUCUUUCUUUUUUUUUUUCUUUCUUUUCUUUUUCUUUCUUUCUUUUCUAUUUCUUUCUUUCUUUUUUCUUUUCUUUCUUUCUUUCUUUUCUAUUUCUUUCUUUCUUUCUUUCUUUUUUCUUUUUAGUUCUUUCUAUUAUCUUUCUUUCUUUUCUAUUUCUUUCUUUUUCUAUUUCUUUUCUUUCUUUUCUUUCUUUCUUUCUUUUCUAUUUCUUUUCUUUCUUUCUUUCUUUCUUUCUUUUUCUAGUUCUUCCUAUAUCUUUCUUUCUUUUCUAUUUCUUUCUUUCUGUUUCUUUCUGUCUUUCUAUUUCUUUCUUUUUCUUUCUUUCUUUUUCUAUUUCUUUCUUUCUUUCUUUCUUUCUUUUCUAGUUCUUCCUAUAUCUUUCUUUUUCUUUUCUCUUUCUUUCUUUUUUUCUAUUUCUUUUCUUUCUUUUCUUUCUUUCUUUUUUUUCUUUCUAUUUCUUUCUUUCUUUCUUUCUUUUCUUUCUUUCUGUUCUAUUUCUUUCUUUCUUUCUUUCUUUCUUUUCUUUUUUAUUUCUUUUCUUUCUUUCUUUUCUUUCUUCCUAUAUCUUUCUUUCUUUUCUAUUUCUUUCUUUCUAUUUCUUUCUUUCUUUCUUUCUUUCUUUUCUUUCUUUCUUUUUCUUUCUUUUCUUUCUUUCUUUUCUAGUUCUUGUUAUAUCUUUCUUUCUUUUCUAUUUCUUUCUUUCUAUUUCUUUCUUUCUUUCUUUCUUUCUGUUCUAUUUCUUUCUUUCUUUCUUUCUUUCUUUUCUUUCUUUCUUUUAUAUCUUUCUUUCUUUUCUUUUCUUUCUUUCUUUUCUUUUCUUUCUUUCUUUCUUUCUUUCUUUCUUUCUUUUUCUUUCUUCCUAUAUCUUUCUUUCUUUUUCUAUUUCUUUCUUUCUUUCUUUCUUUCUUUCUUUCUUUCUUUCUUUCUUUCUGUCUUCUAUUUCUUUCUUUCUUUCUUUUUUUUCUUUUCUAGUUCUUCCUAUUUCUUUCUUUUCUUUCUAUUUCUUUCUUUCUAUUUCUUUCUUUCUUUUCUUUCUUUUCUUUUCUUUCUUUCUUUCUUUCUUUUUCUAGUUCUUCCUAUAUCUUUCUUUCUUUUCUAUUUCUUUCUUUCUAUUUCUUUCUUUUCUUUCUUUUUUCUUUCUUCCUAUAUCUUUCUUUCUUUUCUUUUUCUUUCUUUCUUUUUCUUUUCUUUUCUUUCUUUCUUUCUUUUCUAUUUCUUUCUUUCUUUCUUUUUUUCUUUCUUUUCUCUUUUCUUCCCUUUUUUCUUUCUUUCUUUUCUCUUUCUUUCUUUCUUUCUCUUUUCUUUCUUUCUUUCUUUCUGUUCUAUUUCUUUUUUCUUUCUUUCUUUCUUUCUUUCUUUCUUUUCUAGUUCUUCCUAUAUCUUUCUUUCUUUUCUAUUUCUUUCUUUCUAUUUCUUUCUUUCUUUCUUUCUUUCUUUCUUUCUGUUUCUAUUUCUUUCUUUCUUUCUUUCUUUUUUUUCUUUUCUAGUUCUUCCUAUUCUUUCUUUCUCUUUUUUUCUUUUCUUUUUCUUUCUUUCUUUCUUUCUUUCUUUCUUUCUGUUCUUUUCCUUUUCUUUCUUUCUUUCUUUCUUUCUUAGUUCUUCCUAUAUCUUUCUUUCUUUUCUAUUUGUUUUUUUCCUUUCUUUUCUUUCUUCUUUUUUCUUUCUUUCUUUUCUAUUUCUUUUUUCUUUUCUUUCUUUCUUUUUUUCUUCCUAUAUCCUUCUUUCUUUUCUAUUUCUUUUUUUCUUUCUUUCUUUCUUUUCUAGUUCUUCCUAUAUCUUUCUUUCUUUUCUAUUUCUUUCUUUCUAUUUCUUUCUUUCUUUCUGUUCUAUUUCUUUCUUUCUUUCUUUUCUAUUUCUUUCUUUCUAUUUCUUUCUUUCUUUCUUUCUGUUCUAUUUCUUUCUUUCUUUCUUUUUCCUUUCUAGUUCUUCCUAUAUCUUUCUUUCUUUUCUAUUUGUUUCCUUUCUAUUUCUUUCUGUCUUUCUUUUCUUUUCUGUUCUCUUUCUUUCUUUCUUUUCUUUCUUUUUUGUAGUUCUUCCUAUAUCUUUCUUUCUUUUCUAUUUCUUUCUUUCUAUUUUUUUCUUUCUUUCUUUCUUUCUUUCUGUUCUAUUUCUUUCUUUCUUUCUUUCUUUCUUUCUUUCUUUCUUUUCUAGUUCUUCCUAUAUCUUUCUUUCUUUUCUAUUUCUUUCUUUCUAUUUCUUUCUUUCUUUCUUUCUUUCUUUCUUUCUUCCUAUAUCUUUCUUUCUUUUCUAUUUCUUUCUUUCUAUUUCUUUCUUUCUUUCUUUCUUUCUUUCUGUUCUAUUUCUUUCUUUCUUUCUUUCUUUCCUUUCUAGUUCUUCCUAUAUCUUUCUUUCUUUUCUAUUUGUUUCCUUUCUAUUUCUUUCUGUCUUUCUUUCUUUCUUUCUGUUCUAUUUCUUUCUUUCUUUCUUUCUUUCUUUUGUAGUUCUUCCUAUAUCUUUCUUUCUUUUCUAUUUCUUUUCUUUCUAUUUUUUUUUCUUUUCUUUCUUUCUUUUUUCUGUUCUAUUUCUUUCUUUCUUUUCUUUCUUUCUUUCUUUCUUUUCUAGUUCUUCCUAUAUCUUUCUUUCUUUUCUAUUUCUUUCUUUCUAUUUCUUUCUUUCUUUCUUUCUUUCUUUCUUUCUGUUCUAUUUCUUUCUUUCUUUCUUUCUUUCUUUUCUAGUUCUUCCUAUAUCUUUCUUUCUUUUCUAUUUCUUUCUUUGGAUUUCUUUCUUUCUUUCUGUUCUAUUUCUUUCUUUCUUUCUUUUCUAUUUCUUUCUUUCUAUUUCUUUCUUUCUUUCUUUCUGUUCUAUUUCUUUCUUUCUUUCUUUCUUUCUUUCUUUUCUAGUUCUUCCUAUAUCUUUCUUUCUUUUCUAUUUCUUUCUUUCUGUUCUAUUUCUUGCUUUCUUUCUUUUCUAUUACUUUACACCUUUUCCAUUCUUGAUUCCUUCUCAAUUCCUGUUUAUUUAUUUUCCCUUUCAUCUCCCCCUUCCUUUUAAUCCUCUUUCGUUUAAUGUCAGCAUUCAUUCCCUUCAAAUUAUUUUAUUUCUAAUUUCUCUUUAA